AUGGCUGUGGUUAUUGGUGAGGUUAUAAAUGAGGCUCAAGCUGGGUUCAUUCCUGGAAAACACAUAGGGGAUAACAUCCUAUUAGCUACUGAGUUGAUUAAAGGUUAUUCACAGAAGGCUGUUUCCCCUAGGUGUAUGAUUAAGGUGGACUUAAGGAAAGCAUAUGAUUCUAUUGAAUGGUCCUUUUUACAAUGCAUGCUUUCUGAAUUGGGCUUUCCUAGUCAGUUUAUUACCUGGAUAAUGGAGUGUGUGACAACUGUUUCCUAUUCCAUUUUGUUGAAUGGUAAACCUACUACUCCUUUCCCUUCAAAGAAAGGUGUGAGGCAAGUGACCCCAUGUCACCCUUCUUGUUUGCUAUUGGGAUGGAGUAUUUGUCUAGAUGCUUACUAG